GUGAGGAAGGAGGCGGGGGAGCCCCGAACACUCGGACCCGAACCUUGACAUGCUCUCGGGCGGAGAGGAGGAAGCCAGGAGCUGAGCGCAGCGCCGGGACUGCUUCGCCGGCCGGCUCCCGAACGGGGGGCUACGGGCGCCCUGCCCUGCGUCGGGGAGGCAGCCUUGUUGGUCUGGGGGGCGCCCCUCGCUUCCCGCCCCGGGGGCCCGCGGCCGGCAGGACCAUGCUGCUGAAGGAGUACCGGAUCUGCAUGCCGCUCACCGUGGACGAGUACAAAAUCGGACAGCUGUACAUGAUCAGCAAGCACAGCCACGAACAGAGCGACCGAGGAGAAGGGGUGGAGGUGGUCCAGAAUGAGCCCUUUGAGGAUCCUCACCAUGGCAACGGGCAGUUCACCGAGAAGCGGGUGUAUCUCAACAGCAAACUGCCCAGCUGGGCUAGAGCUGUUGUUCCCAAAAUAUUUUACGUUACAGAAAAGGCUUGGAACUAUUAUCCCUACACGAUUACAGAAUACACAUGUUCCUUUCUGCCAAAAUUCUCCAUUCAUAUAGAAACCAAGUAUGAAGACAACAAAGGAAGCAACAACCACAUUUUUGACAAUGAGGCCAAAGACCUAGAGAGAGAAGUUUGCUUUAUUGAUAUUGCCUGCGAUGAAAUUCCGGAACGUUACUACAAAGAAUCUGAGGAUCCUAAACACUUCAAGUCUGAGAAGACAGGACGCGGCCAAUUAAGGGAAGGCUGGAGAGAUAGUCAUCAACCCAUCAUGUGUUCCUACAAGCUGGUGACCGUGAAGUUUGAGGUCUGGGGACUUCAGACCAGAGUGGAACAAUUUGUACAUAAGGUGGUCCGGGAUAUUCUGCUGAUUGGACAUAGACAGGCUUUUGCAUGGGUUGAUGAGUGGUAUGACAUGACAAUGGAUGAAGUCCGAGAAUUUGAACGAGCCACUCAGGAAGCCACCAACAGGAAAAUUGGCGUUUUCCCUCCUGCGAUUUCUAUCUCGAGCAUCCCCCUGCUGCCUUCCUCAGUCCGCAGUGCCCCUUCCAGUGCUCCGUCCACACCUCUCUCCACAGACGCACCAGAAUUUCUGUCCGUUCCCAAAGAUCGACCCCGGAAAAAGUCAGCCCCAGAAACUCUCACGCUUCCAGACCCUGAGAAAAAAGCCACCCUGAAUUUACCUGGCAUACACUUUUCAGAUAAGCCAUGUCGGCCCAAAUUAGAGUAACUUCCUAUGAAUCUUUCAUGGGGUUUUUAUAUUUUCAUUUGGGUUGUUGGGUUGUUUGUUUGUUUGUUUGUUUGUUUUUAAGAAUCUUCUGAUAGAGAAAAAGACUGCUUUGUCACUCAACCAUGUUCUUUCGAUCUCUGAGUAUGCAUGUGGUUAAGUAAUUUCCCAUAUAAUACGAUUCCCUAAGUAUGCCACACAGCAUCAUACUAGAUGUAAAAUGUAAGGCUUGCAAAGGACAGAAGGAAUCUUCUGUAACCACAGCUGGAAGCCGGGAGGAAGGCAGGAAGCCUUGUUUUUGAGCAUUUGAUGAGGUAGGUGUGGACUUAAAGAGUAAAUAAAUGAAAACCU